CGCUUUUAACUUAAAAAGCCGUUUUAUACAAAUCAAGAACCAAUAUUGCUAUUGGCUACUUUCAUAAAGGCUUUACAUACAUUUUCAAACGUUGGCUUAUAGUUUUUGCAAUAGCAGAAUUGGAAAUUUUAUUAAAGAAAGCAGUAAGAAUCAUUAACACGAUGGCAGCCAAAGUGGUGAAGAUCUAUCAGCAGGCAGUUGAAUUCAAUAAUCGAAAAAUGGCCGGAGCUACGUUAUUCGAACGCGCUCAAGCCCUCACUAGCGUCAACCGUGAAGAGGGCAUUACGUUGUUGAAUAAAAUUGUACGUGAACAGGAAGUAGCUGAGAAUGAUGAAGAGUUGAUUCGCUUGAAGGAGCAGGGCAUCCUGCAGUUGGGGGAGUUGUAUAAGCAAGAAGGCAAGGCCAAAGAAUUGGCCGAUUUGAUCAAGGUGACGCGUCCCUUCCUCAGUUUGAUAAGCAAGGCGAAGGCAGCGAAAAUGGUGCGGACGCUAGUCGAUAUGUUUUUAGACUUGGAUGCUGGUACGGGCAUAGAGGUGCAAUUAUGCAAAGAUUGCAUUGAGUGGGCGAAACAAGAAAAGCGCACAUUUUUACGUCAAUCAUUGGAGGCACGUCUCAUUGCAUUAUUCUUCGACACAGGCUUGUAUACAGACGCUUUGGCACUUGGCUCGCAGUUGCUGCGCGAACUGAAAAAAUUGGAUGACAAAAAUUUGUUGGUUGAGGUGCAGCUGUUAGAGAGUAAAACGUAUCAUGCACUUAGUAAUCUACCUAAAGCGCGCGCCGCACUCACCUCUGCUCGCACAACCGCCAACGCGAUAUAUUGCCCGCCCAAGGUGCAAGGUGCUCUCGAUUUACAAUCGGGAAUUUUACAUGCCGCCGAUGAACGUGACUUCAAAACGGCAUUCUCCUACUUUUACGAAGCAUUCGAAAGUUUCGAUAGUGUGGAUAAUGCAAAAGCCUUAACUGGUUUAAAAUACAUGUUAUUGUGCAAAAUUAUGUUAGGUCAGUCUGAGGAUGUUAACCAAAUUGUGAGCGGAAAAUUGGCUAUCACUUACUCAGGCCGCGACAUUGAUGCCAUGAAGGCUGUAGCGGAAGCUUCACACAAACGUUCACUUGCCGAUUUUCAAGAGGCAUUGAAAAACUACAAGAAGGAACUGUCAGAAGAUGUAAUUGUGCAGGCGCAUUUGGGUACAUUGUACGACACUAUGUUGGAACAGAAUCUGUGCCGCAUUAUCGAACCAUACUCGCGAGUACAGGUUUCUCACGUUGCCGAAUGCAUUAAGUUGCCCAUGCCACAAGUAGAGAAAAAGCUUUCACAAAUGAUUCUCGACAAGAAAUUCAGCGGUAUCUUGGAUCAAGGCGAAGGUGUACUGAUCGUUUUCGAAGAGACGCCUGUUGAUAAGACCUAUGAGCGCGUUUUGGAGACUAUUCAUAGCAUGGGCAAAGUGGUCGACACACUCUAUCAGAAGGCCAAGAAGUUGUCAUAGAUAAACAGACCGUUGCUAAAUAACACAUAAAUAAUUAAAAAAACAAAAAACUUUAAUCAAAUAUUUUCUUUUUUUUUUAUAUAAAAUUAAAAGCAUUAUUCUGUUAAAUUUGUAUUGAAAUAUUGGCGGUAGCAGCUCUAGCCGCAGACAAGUUCAAUGCCCUUGUACACAGCACACACUCAACCGAUUCGAUUAAUGCCCGUUGUUUGUAUCCGAAUUUGUGGUACAACAAUUGAUCGUUUUAGAUGCAGUAAAUAGUAGAAAAGAAGCAGAUAAAUCAACAAAGAAAAAACCGUGAACAAUUUAUAUAAAUUUUUGCUAAUUAUUUUGUAUGCAAAGUGCACUGAACAACAACAAAAUAUAUUUACUUAACAAUAAAACGAAAUGUUUCAAAAUGUUUGCUGGUGACAAUUGGCAUACGUACAUUUGUAGUAAUAUUGAAUUAGCUACUAACACAAUAAUAACAACAAAUAACAAUUAAUUAUACAUUAGUAAUAUGAAAAAGAGUAAAAUUUCGAACCUACUUUUCCAAUACAUAAUAACUAUAAAGCGCAAACUUUCUCUGGUUGUAUGGCGUCAGCUAUGGAACAAUUCUAUAAUCAUUAAAAAUAAACAGGAAGGCAAAGAAAUAAAUGCCUCCUUCAGUACCACAA